AUGCAACCCAAACACAUCCUCCUCCUCCUCGCAACAACCGCAACACCAGCCCUUAGUAAAGACACACCCGACGACCACGUCCGAUGGUGCGACGGCCCCAAACUAACAGGCAAAUGCGUCGACCUAGCCAUCGCCUGGGACGGCUGUCGCUAUAUCUCAGGUAGUGGGAAGAUGGGGCAAGCUGGGAGCAGUUAUUCGGCAGAGAAUUCAGUCUGUCGAUUAUAUACCGACUUCGAAUGCAAGAAGGAUGCUACAGGUCGGAAUUUCUUCAACCAGGACAUUAAGCUGAAUAAAGACAAGCGGUACAACUCGUUCAUGUGCGAGAAGGGGUUCAUGGGAUGA